ACAGACUAAUUUGAAUUUCACUGCCGCAAAUAUAUACAGAGGGAAUACUUCGUACUCGUAUAAUAAGUAUAAAAUCAAUUAGCAAAGGGCUAAUCGACCGACGUCGUGUUUGCCCGUUUGUUUUCACAUUUUUCUCUCGAUCGCACGCGUUGCACAACAAGUCAUAUCGAUUUCAUUCCAAUCUAAAAUUAAAGGCUUCGGAAUCAAUUUAACCUCUGAUAUCGAUUUGCAGAAGCGAUGAGCAAGCCUUGGGGACAAUCAAAGAAGUCGUAUGCGUACCAGUGCAGUUCGGUCUUUCUUGUACAGCCGAAGCGUGAUCGCGACCUAAAAACCGUAGACAAUUGCAAAAAGUCUCGUAAAGCUCUGACGAUAAGUCAACGUUUAUACAGUUCGCUUGCAUUAUGCGUGGCACGACCUACGUUCAUUGUCCAAAUUAAUUGUCGGGGAAGGAUAAAGUUUGCGUAGGUACAUGGUCCGAAAUAACUCGACGUAUAACACGACACGCGAUCAUCUCCUAUGUGCGCAAUAGUGAAUCGGCGAUAGAGAAGUGCACACAAGCUCGGUUGGCGAUGAAUAAAAGUGCCGAAUUAGAAGCAUGCGAGGAACGUUAGGCCGUCACUGAUCAAAGCGCAUCCGGUAGGGAGGUCGGCUCGUAUCCCGGUGAUCAGUUUAAAUCCAGCGGUCUGAGAAGAAAUAUAUAAUAGACGUACCUACAUUAAUUGGGUAUAAAAUUUUUCAGUGUAUAUUUAUAACAGGUUUCGUCUGAACUGCGUUUUCCUUGCCAUCGUAUAUGUAUACGUAUAUAAUAGCGACAGAGUGAUUUACGUUCGAUUUGAAAGGUGAGCCCGCGAUCGGUGCGGAUAAAUUUAGGAAAGUAAUCGAGUUUAAAAAGUUGCGAAGAGACGUCGUGAUGGGCCAGGGGAUGCAUUUGCCCGGCGGAAUGACGAAGCAGGUGCUUUACUUGUUUGCACUACAAAUCGUGAUAAUCGUGCUAAUGGGCACGCUCAUGAAAUAUGACUCGGAGGUCAGACCCAAAAGUAGAAGUGACAAGAACUCGACCGAUCCGGACAACAAGAACGGCCAGAUCAGGAUCUACCCAAUGUAUCAAGAUGUCCACGUGAUGAUAUGGGUUGGAUUCGGUUUUCUGAUGACUUUUCUACGAAAAUACGGACAGAGCGCGGUUGGCCUCACAUUUCUCGUCGCUGCAAUUUUGAUCCAAGUCGCAAUACUCUGUCAGGGAGUAUUGUACCUGUCGAAAGAAUCCGGCAAAGCACCAUUGUCCUUGCAAAGUCUGCUCAGCGCCGAUGUCGCCGUGGCCGCGCCCUUAAUUUCCAUGGGAGCACUUUUGGGAAAAACGACUUACACGCAGCUGAUAGUCAUGGGAGUGAUAGAACUUGUUGUAUACACUGUCAACAAGUACAUAGGAGAGCAUCACUUCAGGGCGGUCGACGCUGGAGACAGCAUGUACGUUCACGUAUUCGGGGCGUACUUCGGUCUAGCCAUUAGCUUCGUUCUCGGGUACAAGGAAGCACCGAAGGAGCAUCCCUUGGAAGGUUCCAACUAUCAGUCGGACAUAUUUGCGAUGAUAGGUACGAUAUUUCUCUGGCUGUUCUGGCCCUCCUUCAACAGCGCCGCGUUGCACGGCGACGAUCAGCAGAGAGCGAUAAUCAACACUUUACUCUCGAUAGCCGGCAGCUGCGUUGCAGCGUUUGCAACGUCGGCCCUUGUAUCUAAAAACAAUAAAUUCAAUAUGGUUCACGUACAAAAUUCAACCCUCGCCGGGGGUGUUGCCGUUGGCACAGCAGCAGGGAUGAUGUGCGAACCCUUCGGUGCACUUAUAAUUGGAUCUAUUGCGGGAGCUCUCAGCGUUCUCGGCUACAGAUACUUGACGCCAUUGAUACAAAAAUUCUUACGAAUUCAUGACACCUGUGGCGUUCACAAUUUACACGGGAUGCCCGGUGUUCUUGCCGGAAUAUUCGGAGCGCUUAUGGCGGGCCUCGCGACGCUGGAAGACUAUCGUUAUUCGCUCUACGAGAUAUUCGAAGCAAGAGCUCCUUCGUCGCCAAAAGAGUUGGGUGAAAUCAAUGAUGAUUAUCCGGUAAAACCGGGUCAGGAUAGAACGGCUGGCCAGCAAGCGGGAUAUCAGUUGCUAACGCUCCUGGUUACCAUAUUAAUUGCAAUUGUCACGGGACUAGUAACAGGGUUUAUUAUUAAGUUGCCAAUUUUGGGUACUAUUCCGGAAGAAUUGAAGUUUGACGAUGCGGCAAACUGGGAACUAGAAGAGGAGCAAACAGAUCGAAAGGAGGAAAAUCGAAGCGUAGACGAACAGUUACCAAUGGGUUCCAUUUAAUGAAUCAAUGUUGAGGAGAAUUAGAAAAGGGUUGCAAGUGCCAGUGACAAGAAAUUUGGAAAAAAAAAACCGAGAAGAACCAUUUUUUCUUUUUUUAUUUUUUUCUCGCUGCAGCGUUAUUCAUCGCUUGAAUUUGCCUGUGGAAUUUAUUACGAAAAAAUGGCACUUAAAGCCCUAGUUAAUUGAACUCCUCAACUGUCAACGGAGGACGACAGUAAGUAACGUGAGUAUACGAUACAUGACUGGAUGACUGUGAAAUCCACGCGUACAUAUUAUUCAAAUUCGUUUUAUCGUAAGAAUAAUAAAUAAUGAACGAAUGCAAUUUCCGCGCUGUAAAUGGAGCUGCGUACACAGGAAAAAAUAGCAAGUCACCGAACCUUGAGAACAGUUUUACCAAAUCCUCAAUUACUCGAAAUGUAACGCGUGUUCAGUAGAUCGGUUCAAUUUUACCUUAGUGAUUAUUGACAAAUGACCAUAAAAUAAGAAUUACAUUUAUUUUUAUUAAACUUUUCUUAUAAAAUUGUUCGUUAAAUGUAUCUAUACAAUAAAUAAUCAUUUUCAUCUACUAUUACAUUAUAACCCUAAAAAUGUCACAAAGAGAAUUUGCAACGGUAUACUCUUCACCGUUUUAUGGAGUAAAAAUAAUAAAUUGUUGAAACCUUGUUUUAUAGACGUCAUAAAACGAAUAACGUAUUAAAUGGACGUCGUAAUUAUUGCAUAUCUUAAAUUUUACCAUGUUACAGAAUAAUCCUUACUGUGAAAUUUGGAAAAGCGAAAUAUAUUUUGAUGUUAUACCUAUGCUCGUAUGUCUGUUGUAUGUCCGUGUCCGUGUGUUUCAGUAUAUGUAAUGCAUCGUAAUGAAAUGUAUAAUUAACAACA